UACUGUACAAGGAGGAGCUCUGGCAAACCUGGUUAUGAUGUGUCUGAAAUAUAGACGUUCCUCUGAAUUGCCAAAGUCUUUAGAAAAGCUGUCUGCGAAAUAUGAAAAGAAAACCGGCUCUGAAUGAAAUGUUUAAAAAAAAUUAAGGUUUACUGGCAUGCUCAAAACGAAGGGAAGGACAAUACUGUACGAAGUACAGUACUUCGAAACCAAGAGCCCAAAUACAAUACAAUGUUUUUAAUUACGUCUUAUAGCCCAUUCCGGUUUGUGUAAUUAUAAAGAUACAUUUUAAUGCGUACUGUCGACUCGCAGCCUAUUUUAGUUUUUUUAAAAUAAAUUUAUGCUCGCAUGGGAAUCUUGAAACGCUUCGUUUCGAUAGAUGUUUUCUUGCUGUGAAUGAUGUCAUUCUUGUGACGAAUGCGGAAACUUCCCGAUCACCUCUCGCGAUAGUUGGCACCAGACGUGGGAUUUUGGAAAAAUCUAUCAGGGUAGUGGCUGGUUGUGAGGGUAAGUAGAGUCCACAUCUAUGGAGGAAUGUUUAGAACGCUAUCUAGCAUCACGUCGCGCCUGGGCUGACAUAACUGGAAACGCUUAAUAUGAGUGAUGAUAAACCUUUCCAAUGUACUGCUCCUGGGUGCGGACAGAGAUUUACAAAUGAAGACCAUUUGGCUGUCCACAAGCACAAACAUGAGAUGACCCUCAAAUUUGGUCCAGCCAGGACCGACAGUGUCAUAAUUGCUGACCAAACACCCACACCAACCCGCUUUUUGAAGAACUGUGAGGAGGUGGGGCUCUUCAAUGAACUCACAAGCCCCUUCGAUCACGACUUCAAAAAGGGGGCUGAAGAUGAUCUUAAAAAGUUACCGCUGGAUUUGUCACCGCUCGCCACCCCUGUCGUACGCAACAAAAUUGAAGAAACCCCCGCCCUCGAGGACCAUCGAGGCAGCCCUCUGCCUCACCCGGAAUCUACAACCGAUGACGACAAGGACUUAUGUUUGCAGCCCGCCUCGCUGCCAACAUCCACUAUAGUCCAUCCUGCAUCCCUCCAAGUUCCCAAUGUACUCCUAGCAACCUCAGAGGCUAAUGUUGUUUUACAGCAAGCGCUCCCAUCGCCAACAUCUAGCUCUGUUAUUACCCAGGUCCCAUCCACUAGUAGGCCGAUAGUGCCAGUGUCUGGCACCUUUCCAGUGCUCUUACAACUGCCUAACGGCCAGACCAUGCCAGUUGCCAUUCCGGCGGCCAUUACCAGUUCCAGUGUACAUAUUCCCACUGCGAUCCCACUUGUCAGACCUGUCACCGUAGUGCCUAACGUCCCCGGCAUCCCCGGACCCCCCUCGCCACAACCGCCGCCCGCCCAGUCAGAGGCAAAGCUGCCAAUAGGCUCACCGAGCCAGCAGCUUCCUCCACUCAUCAACGGCGACAGCGGCGAAGUCCAGAGCAGCACCAUAACGCACACUGCUACUCCUGCUUCUCCGGCCUCCGUCCCCAUUCCGACUCCAUCCACAUCCCUCGGUCUGGCCCCCACCAACCCGCCACCCACCGGUGAAGAACUCUCCACACAUUCCCUUCAGCAACCAGCCACCUCCACCACGGAGACACCCGCUUCCCCGGCGCCCCCCGCGUCCAACCCUCCGAGCACCGGCGGCCGGCGGCGCAGAACCACGAGCGACGACCCAGAUGAGAAGCGGCGCAAGUUCCUGGAGCGCAACAGGGCCGCGGCCUCGCGCUGCAGACAGAAAAGGAAAGUGUGGGUGCAGUCCUUGGAGAAGAAGGCCGACGACCUCAACUCCGUAAACGGACAACUUCAGAGUGAAGUCACCCUGCUGAGAAGCGAAGUGGCUCAGCUGAAGCAGCUCCUCUUGGCUCAUAAAGAUUGUCCUGUGACGGCCAUGCAGAAGAAGUCCGGCUAUCACAUCGCAGACAAAGACGGGAGCUGCGAGGAGAUGUCGCUCCCCGGCAGCCCUCAGAGCGAGGCCAUCCAGCACAGCUCCAUCAGCACCUCCAACGGGGUCAGUUCCUCCUCGUCCUCGGCGCCCGCCCCGUCCAACCAGAGCACAGACGACAACCAGCCACUGAGCGGCGCCGCCAACUCUCUGCCUUCGGGGAGCUGAAUGUCCCCCACCCCUGUUCGAUGUGUCUCGGUGUCCCACACAAACACGUACGGGGAAGGGCUUGUCCUCCUGCCUCACUUUGGACCAUUGUCAUAGUUAUUUAUUCUCUCCUUACGUUGGGUCCAUUUUGUUCUCUGUAGGCAACAGUGAUGUGACGGAGACAACAGGAAAUGGCACUUUACGAGUACUGUAUUGGAAUACGAUUAUAACUUAAUUUAUUAAUCUCAAAGGAAAAUCAAGUUCUUUACUGUAAUACUGGUCAAGAGAGAAUUUUAGUCAGAGAUGGAUUUAUACAGUGGCGUUCCGUCAGGGCCUGCAAGGCCUUCUCUGCUGGCCUAAACAUUCUCACAAAAGUACAUUUAAUUUACUUUUCUGAGAAUCAUCUUGAAACUGUUACUUGCCUCUGGCUAAAACAUGAAGUAAAAAUUUGUUGUCCACUGUAAUGUUUACAUGUUGGAAAAAACAUCGGAUUCUGAUUAUUCUUGAAUUUGUGAAACGGGAAUUAAGCAGAAUCAUGAGUAAUAAAACCAAGAAUACAUUUGAUGGACCAAUUUUAGGGAAGAGGAAUCCUCCAACAAAUAUCGGAGGAUUCUUCACUGCUUAUAGAUGAGAUGACACAAUUGCACCGAUUUGUUUGGUAAGACUCUGGCAUGGAAAAGGGAGUUCAGAACAUUCAGUCAUGUCCUUACUGAUUAAUUUACUGUCUCAAAAACAAUUGAGUCCACUGCCCAUCCCUUGUGAAGUGGUUGCAAUACAAGUGUGUUUGCACAUUUUAUUUAUUGUAUUUAUUUCAUUAUAUAAAGCAGCGCGAUCGAUCUAUCUUUUUGUUGUUGUUUUUGAUAUGCUUUCUCUAUUUUGCACAUUUUGGAGAAACGACGGGUUUACCUUUUUUCAAGCAGUGGCAGCUUUUGUCUCACACACUCACACUUUGAUUGUUGCCUGUGAUUGUCUGCCUGCGUCUUCAUGGCGAUGGCCUCCUGAUUCAACGCCCGUUCUUGUUUUGGUAGGUCGGUUGACACAAAGUGGGGGCGGCUUCCUUUUCCUCUUGAACUUGAGUGUAAAUAGCUUCAUGCCGCACAUGUGACAAGAUGAUGUUCCGUUUCAAUGAAAUCACGUAGGGAAAAUUAUCACGGAUACAUUUGUAUGUUGUAGGUGUUGUGCUUCAUAAUUCUUUAAUAGCUGACAGGUUCCAAAGUUUGCUUUGCGGAAGAAAACGAGCAGAAAUAAAAUAGGCCUCACCCUGAUGUUAAAAUGUAUUCUCUACUGGCUUACUACUGUGUAGUCAUCCAAGAUGUUUUUUUUUUCAUCUUCGGUUUUGUGCUCUCUGCAUGACAUUAUGAUUCUCUGCGAGAAUUCAACAAUGUUUCAGUCAACUGUCAAGUCAUCAAGCGGCGUUGUUUUAGUUGUACUACUAAACCAGGGUGUGAUCUCGUGUUCAGUGUGUAUUUGUGACUCGUGAACGUUCUCUUUAUCAAUUUCAAUUGAUAACUUGUUGAAAUAAAACUUUUAAUAUAGCUAUUUA